UCGAAAGUGUAACAAAGAAAUCACAAAAUGGCUGCGUCGUUAGAAUCAUCCCAAAAUACAGGAUCGGAUCUCUUUUUCGAUGUAUGUUGUUCUGUCUGCGAAGAGGAUGGAAUAAAUAAGGAAGGACUAUUUCACUGUCAGAAAUGCUCGAAAACAUACUGCGAUGAAUGUGUUAUAAUGCACAACAGAGUACUGAAAAAUCAUCCAGUAACAUCAAAAUGUGAAGGUGACAACUGGUCUGUGUCCACAAUGUUGGAUGAUACUCUAGAAUUGUGUGAGGAGCACAGGACGGAGAAACUGACCAUGUUAUGUGAAGAUCACGAAAAGCUGCUCUGCCAUGUCUGUCAUCUCCGAAAUCAUAAGCAAUGCAGUGAGGUAGUUCUGUUGGCUGACAAGGUUAAAUCAGCUACACAGCGUAUGAAUGUAGCUCAGAUGUCGAAAACACUAGAACAGAUACAGAAAAGUUUACAGGAUAUUGUGGACAGAGAAAAACAGAACAAAAAGUCUCUUAAAGCUUCAUAUGAUCUAGUUCUGAAAGAAGUACUUGAUUUUCGUCAAAAAAUCAACGUCAAUUUAGACCUGCUUCAACAAAACACUUUAAGAGAAUUGGAAACAAAACAUGCGAGUGCAAAUGCCUCUUUAGAAGAUCAUCUCCAACAAUGCUUACAAUUUAUUUCAAAGCUAAAGGGAUUCGGCACCAAGCUCAAAGGCAAUUUGCCACCUGAACGAUCGUUUAUAACUUUCAGAAAAUGUCUUGAUCAUACUGCUGCAGCAGAUUCACUCUUGAACAGCAUGAUAAAUAAUAAUGGCGCUGACAUGAAACUCCUGCCAAACAGCGAAUUGCUACAAUGUCUUGCAGACUGCACUGAUCUCGGGAAAAUCACCAGUCGCAUAGGCGAGCCAAAGCAUAACGUUGAUCCAAACAAGAUCAUCAGCAUUCAUGAGAAGUCACAAUAUAAUGUUCACACAGCGACUGAUAGCGACAAGAGUUGCAUAACUGGUAUAUGUGAGACGUCCAACGGGGAUCUCGUCAUUUCGGACUACUCCAAGUGUUGUGUGAAACGUCUCAACCAGGCGUACAAGGUUAUUGAUCAAGUAAAGCUACCUACUCAUCCGUGGUCCAUGUGUAACAUUUCCUCCUUAGAGAUUGCGGUGGCUGUAAGCGAUCAUACUGCCAAUGCUCCGAACGGGAUUCACUUCUUACAGGCCGAUAAUGAAAAGAUUACACAGAUCAAGGUUUUAAAAAUCAAUCAUGUAUGUACCGGAAUAGCGUAUUACGAUGCAGAACUGUUUGUGACUUCCGGUUCUGCGCUUUACCAAUACACAAUGGAUGGACGUUUAAUAAAGAAGCUAUACGAAGAUACUUCUACAACAUUUACAGUUGUAGGUGUUGGGGUGAGUCCUGAUGGCAAAAGGAUCUAUGUGACGGACACCAGCAAUCGCAAGCUUCUCACACUGACCAGGGAUGGAGCAGUCGCAGCCACGCUUCAGGAUCCUGCAUUCAAAAAUAUCUAUGUCAUGUGUAAGAUACACGUGGCAGCCGCAGGGCAGGUGUUUGUCUCUGGUGUCGUAUCAAUAAGUCAGGUAGACGCGGACGGCAAGAAAAUUCUCAAUACCAUAACACUUAAUAUGUAUUAUAAUGGGCCAGUCUACUUAAAUGAAGAUAAACGAAAGUUACUUCUUGGAGUUUGGAACAAUGACAACAUCAUUGAGUUCAAAAUAAAAACAAAUCUAACUUAAUUGACAUGCACAAAUAUAGAGCAUAGUUACGAGCAUUAAAUAUUUUAUACCACUA